AGGACUCGAAUGCGAGCGGCAAAGGCAUGUCUUGCAUGUCGCUCGAGGCACAUGAAAUGCGACUCUGUAGAACCGAAGUGCACGAGAUGUCAAUUGGACGCUAAGACUUGCAUCUAUACGAAAUCUAGGAGAGGAGGGUCUCAUAAACUUACCCCCUGUAAGGAGAGUCCUCGGAUGCGGGAUACGUCGACUGCAAGCAAUGGAAGAACACCAGGGCUAGAAACAGAUUUUGGAUCCUUCGAGUCUUUAGCAUCAGCACCUGCAACGGAAGGCCUAUCGUAUACAAAUUUGUACGACGAUGAACCCCGAAACGAACCGCAGGAACCUGACUUGAUAUCGCUGUACUAUCGAUAUUUCCACUCAGGGCAUCCAAUAGUCCUUCCGUCUGCGCAUCUUCUGUCGCGGCGGAAGACAAACCCCAGCUCACUUGAGCAUCUGAUUCCUGUCAUGGAGUACAUUGGAGCGAAGUUUGACGCGAAAAUCGAUUCGAGCAAGUACGAACAGAUUGCAGAUAAGGCGAUUAGCUUAGCAAAGUUGCCUGCCAAUGGAUUCUCUGUCCAGACCUUGGUUUUAUAUGCACUGGCGAAGCAUGCUGAUGAUUGGUACGAUAUUGCAGACAUUUAUGUCGACAGAGCUUCUAACAUUGCUCUGUCAAUCGGAAUGGAACGAAGGGAGUUUGCCGCUCUCCAUGGGGAAGGAGCUUCUGUUUUAGAAGAAAGCUGGCGCCGGACUUCGUGGACGCUCUAUAUGACUGAUGCAGCAUUUGCAGCUAUAGGACAUCGUCCAAAGCACAGACUUCAAAACGUGGAUUUCGUGGUAGACCUGCCUUGUGAGGAUUUAGAAUACGAGACCGGGGACAUUCCAUCACCUCGAACUUUUGAAGAGUAUGACAAUCGCGAGUUUCUGGAUGAGGAAGAUAUUAUCUUCUCCUCUAUGACCUAUCUGAUCGAUGCAAUCCGCAUAGCUAGCUCCACGAUGUCCUUUAAACACACACCUUAUCUCUCUGAUAGCCAAGGCAUCAUAGCUGCUGAUGCGAAAUUCGUGAAUUGGUUCUUGUACCUGCCCAGAUGUAAGCAAGAGGCUGUGAAUGAAGAUGGGACAGUUGAUGAGACGAUGUUUCUGGCUCUCAUCACCCUCAAUAUCGAGAAAGUGUUGCUCCAUCGCCCAUACUCUGCGUUGGCGUUCUCAGACAUCGAGGCACGCUCGAAAUGCACCCCUCCAGCAGAUCAGCGGCAAAGCCGUGAUAUGCAACGCUCAAUUCUCUUGCAUACAGCUAAGGUGCUGGAAGCUACUACCUCCACUAUCAUGAUGUUUGCUUUGCCAGCUCCCUUUAUUCACCACUCUCCGUUGGCUAUAUGUGCACUGGCACUUGCAGUUAUGGCGCAAGUCAGUGCUUGUAAACAUGUAUUGAGGCUUUCUGAUAAGACAACGACGGAUGAGAAGGCAAAAUGCAGAGCAGAAGCGUAUGGAAUUGGCCGAGAUAGAGUAAGACUCGGUCUUGGAGCUUUAAGAAGCGCCGUUCAUGUCUGGGGGUUGGCAAGGAGAAGUGUGAGGGAGGUGGUUGGUGUAAGCAAGGAACUCCUG